CCUUCCUCUUUUGUUCUGCUACUUCUGACCCGGCUGAGAUGGCUCCCACCUUGGCCACAGCUUUCACCCGCCGCUGGUGGAUGGCGGUGACCGCGGUCAUUGAGAACCUGCUGUUCUCAGCCGUGCUGCUCGGCUGGGCGUCCCUGCUCAUCAUGCUCAGAUCUGAGGGUUUCUACUCCUACCUCUGCAGAGCUGCUGGAAACAGUUCUGCUCUCAACCAUACAAACACAUCCACCUCAGAGGACAUAGAGGAUUACAUGGAGUUGAACGGCUGGCCCGCCUGCAAGGAUCAAAAUGAGAUGCUGAACCUGGCCUUCACUGUAGGCUCCUUCCUGCUGUCCGCCAUUACCCUGCCCAUGGGCAUCAUCAUGGAUAAAUACGGGCCACGGAAACUGCGACUUGUGGGAAGUGCCUGCUUCGCUUUCUCCUGCCUCCUUUUUGCCUAUGGAGCUAGUGAUCCUGACAAUCUGUCCUUCCUUAUCUUCUUUGCUUUGGCAAUGAAUGGAUUUGGAGGCAUGUGUAUGACCUUCACCUCUCUGACGCUCCCAAACAUGUUUGGAGACCUAAGGUCAACCUUCAUUUCCCUAAUGAUUGGUUCUUAUGCUUCUUCUGCAGUUACCUUCCCAGGCGUUAAGGUGGUCUAUGACUUUGGCGUCACCUUUAUCACCAUCCUCUUGGUCUGGGCUGGCUGUGCCUGCCUAGUCUUUCUCAACUGCUUCAUCAACUGGCCCCUGGAGCCCUUUCCUGGUCCAGAGGACAUGGACUUCACAGUGAAGAUCAAGUUCAGCUGGCUGGGCUUUGACCAUAAGAUUACUGGGAAACAGUUCUAUCGACAGGUCACCACUGUGGGGCGCCGUCUUAGCGUUGGCAAUGCCAUGAUGAAGCAGCAGCAGCCAAGUACAGACCUAACAACGCAGGAUGCCAAUAAGCUCUGCCUCUCUACUGUGGACCUGGAGUUAAACUGCAAUGCUGAGCAAGAGUCUCAGUCGUUCAUGAAGAGCAUGUCUAGCCCCAUCUUCUUGCUGAGCCUCAUCACCAUGUGUGUGACCCAACUCCGCCUCAUCUUUUACAUGGGUGCCAUGAACACCAUCCUGGAAUCCCUGACAGACAGAAACAUCGACACAGUGGAAAGGAUGGAAGUGGUGAGCAUCUACACGUCCAUCUUCGGUGUGCUGCAGCUUCUGUGUCUGGUCACCUCUCCAGUCAUUGGAUACGUUAUGGACUGGAGACUCAAAGACUGCGAGGAUGCAGCUGAGAAGGUAGUCAAGAGAGAGCCUGGUGAGCCUCGCCGUCCUGACAAACGGAUUCAGAAAAUCAUCAACGCCACCAGAGCUUUCAUCUUCACCAACUUUCUCCUGGUUGGGUUUGGAGUUACAAGCAUCAUCCCUAACCUCCCUCUGCAGAUUCUGUCCUUUGUGCUCCACACUGUUGUCAGAGGCUUCAUCCAUUCUGCAGUUGGUGGUCUUUACGCUGCUGUGUUCCCGUCCGCUCAGUUUGGCACCUUGACAGGAAUGCAGUCUCUGAUCAGCGCUUUGUUCGCCUUGCUGCAGCAGCCUCUCUUCCUUGCUAUGGUGGGACCUCUGGAGGGAGACCCGCUGUGGGUGAAUGUGGGUUUGUUGGUGCUGAGCAUGCUGGGAUUCUGUCUACCUGGCUACCUGCUGUUUCACAGCCGCCGCCUCCAGCGCCUCAGAGAGGAGGAAGACAAGGAUCCCAAGAUAUUUGCGAAGAUGAACGGCACCAAGUCUGAGGCAUUUGUCUAAAGUAACAGACUCCGAACAACAGUAAAGGAGAGUGAAGGGAGGGCAGAGUGGCACACGCCACUUUCCUGCGGACGGUAAAUGUGUUCACUCACGCUGUCCUCCCCCCCCCGAUGGUGCAUCGCCUCCUGCUGGUCACUUUGUGCACAGACAAUUCUCUGUCUCUCAGAUGCACAAAUCUGCCACACUCCCUUUGCACACACGUACUGCCAAAUGACUGCAUCUUACUUUUUCUGACACGCUGACUGCACAUCCUCCACUGUAUCUCGGGACCGAGGAGGAAGCAGGAUGCAAGGAGAAAGGAGGAGGUGACCUUUUCAUCUCCUUAAAUAACUCCUCUUGUUAUUGUGUUUAUUUCAUGCCUUGACUUUUGUCAGUGAUGGUCUGUUGGUCAGUUCUUUUUCACCCAACCUCAUACAAACCACGGAAGAAGAAGAUGCCAGUGAGAAGAGCGCCACGCUGAGGAAAUGUUGGAUGAAUGUGCUUUUCAGACACCUCACUAUAUGAGAAAACUGCCUCACUUCCACCACUUGCAACAUAUCACUUUUAAAAAUCUGCCUGUGAGAUUCAACAGCAGUCCUGGAGACAAACGAGCACAGAAACACCAUUAUCAGUUGCAGCAUCUCUGCUCACUUUGAGUUUGGACUGAAGAGUACAGACUACAGGACAAAGAAUAUCAGUACAGGCGUGGUGGAGUGCAGCCCAUCAUGACAUACUGGGUUAGAGACAGUUCAAUAAAUCAAUCAGAGACACUGCUGAUCAAGACACUGUCACUGUUUUACUCAGAUACUAGUUCAGGAAGACAAGAAACUUGGUUUUGACUUUUGUUUUUUUCCUCCACGCUGUGCAUGUUACCACACUGUGUCACAUUUUGAUAUCUGAUUGUUACUUUGCUCAUGUAUUUACUUGCAGUAUAUUUACAGAUGUGUUCUCUGUUCUUUAGACAUGAGUUGGACACAAGUGUUUUUAGAGAUCUGAGUUUUUUUAUGUCUGUUUUUCUGUUUGCUACACAGAUGAACUUUUGAUUCACAAUGGCAUUAAUGUGUCUAUGAGGUGCCGGGUAACCUGUCCAUCUUAAAGGGGUCAUAUUAUGCAGCUUUACAAUAAGCUAAUACAGGAUGCACAGUGUCCAGAUAUUCAAUGUUAAACUCCAAAUUCUUCCUUUAAAAAAAACAACAAAAAUUUAUAGUUGUUAAAGAAAUAUCUGCAACUGUUGCUUGAAAGCUACCGUGUGUAAUAUUUCCUGUCAUCUAGUGGUGAGAUUGCAGAUCCUCCAUUUAAAUAAAAUUAGGUUUCUCAUUCCUGUUAGCCUGCACGAGCAACAGUGUAUAGGGGAGCAACCACUGAUCGCUAUUGUUUUUUUCCCCUUCAGUCUUUUGCUAGUGCCAUAAAGGCCCAGUAAGCAUGUCCCUUUUGAACCACUGUAUUAACCUGGCAGUGCAUCAUGGCGGCCUCUCUGACGGGGCCCAUUCCCACGUAGAUAUGAGAGGUAGUGCUCACCCUGGACAGGCCACAAGUCUAUCACAGGGCUGACACAUAUACUGUAGACAGUCAAACUUAUUCAGAGUCAUCAGGUCACUUAACCUGGAUGUCUUUGGAAAUGGGAAAAUGUUGGAGCACCCAGAAGGACUGCACGCAAACAUGAGGAGGACAUAUAAAGUCCACACAGAAAGAACCAGGUCAGAAGCCACUGUUCUGCAUGUGCUAGCUUCAGUUUCUGCAAAUAAACACCUGGAAAUCAUACAUAGCUAUUAAGUAUAAAGUUGCUGCUUCCUGCCACACUCUCUGCAGGCAGGGGUGACAGGAACAAUAUACAGGCUGAACAGUCCACAUGGCACAUUGCCCAGACUGCACUCUGGUUCAGUGGGUGCCAGAUAUAAACUUAAAUGAGCAGUUGCAGCCUUGAAUUUUUAUUUAGAGAAGGGAAGGGGGGGGGGGGGGGGGGCUUCUCCAUGUAUAGUCAUGGAAUUGUGGGACUUUGAAGAUGUUUAACAGGAAACCUGCACCAUAUUUAACUCAUGGAUGUAGAUGGAAUCUAUUUGUGCAAAAUAUGACCCCUUUGAGAACAAAACUGCAAUCUCACAGAGGCAAUGCUUCAAACAGGCAAAAAAGAGAAAAAAGUAUGAACUGUCUUUUCAAUCACAAGGUGCUCUGUGCAUACUGAAUGUCAUUUGCAAAUUGAUUUGAGGGGCAGUUGAUGUUAUUUUACUACAAAUUGUACCAAGUUUCCAUAAAUAUUUCAAAAGCCAAAUGCAUUAGAAUUGAAAGAAAGAUUCCAAAGAAUCAGUCAGGUUUGCCAUUCACUUAUCGCCAUUUUAUUCCUGGUUUGUGCUAAAUCUGCUCCAGCAGCCUCACUCAAGCUGUGGAAAACUUGAAUUGUCAUCUCACAGACAGAUGAGGAGACAAAUACAUGUGAUGUUUGAAGUUUGAU